UCGUAAAACGGUAUCUGCUGUUGUGGUGGAAACGGAAACACAUAGAUUGGCGGAAGCCAAGACAGCUGGAAGGAAGUAGAAUUAAGUGUAUACAAUGGAGGCGGUUUCAUUACGCGAAUUAAUUAUUAAAUAUAGUCUAUUAUUUUUAUUUUUUGAGAUAUAGUGGUCAAAUAAAAACAUAAAAACAUUUAAUCAUUUACUUACGCUAAAGUUUAAAGGCAGAGUGAGUUUGUUACUGUAAUUUUGGUUGUAUUGCAGCGCACACAAAAUAGUUUGGAGACCGAAACAGCUGCAUUUAGAUGCUAUUAAGUUUAGUCGGGUCUGUGUAACUACUGUACAGCUAGAUUUUCCUAUCGAGGCACCAUCGAGUAGCGUGUGUAUGCUGCUGCUUUAUUGCACAUGGUUCAUAUUUAAAUAAUAAUAUUUAAAUGAACCCACAGCGACUUUACUGGAUGCGUAAUACAAACAGGCAUUAAAUUUGUGUCGAUGUAGAACACAGCAUGUACGAGUCUGAUUCAUAUUCCUGGAUACUUGGGGAUAUUGCUAAUAAUGAUAGACGUGCAGUGAAACUAAGAAAAAAAUCAAAGGACAGAAAACGCGUAUUUUAAUGAAGAGUUCCGGGUUUUUAGUCUGAGACACGAGACUGAAGGUGGUCUGAAAAUGCCCAGAAGGAAGCAGUCCAACCCGCAGCCUGUGAAAUUGGAUUCAGAAGAUGGGUUAGGAGUGGAUAAUUCAGGGAACCUUGUCUUGGAGACUGACUUCCUCCUGGGCCAGGACCUGGAGUUUGUAGACAGCGAUGACAAGAUCAUAGGAUUCGAGAAAGAUUCUGAAGACUCAGGUGCUGAGAUUGUCAUCCCGGUCUACUCUCUGAGUGAUGAUGACUGUUCUAGCUACAACCGGCUUAGCAUGGAGAGCGACGCUGAAGACCCCAGAGACACAGAGAGUGACCAGGAAGAGAAUUCCCACAACACAUUACAGCACUACCUUUCCUGCAAGCAGUGUGGACAGCUGCUGGACAACUCCAUUGGAGGCCUAGGCCUCUCCACUCCCUACUGCCUGAAGUGCGGCGCAGACAGUGCUGACGGAAGGGAACCCGAGGAGGCUCGCGCUGCCAAGAAAAACAGCGGCUCCAACCGGAAGGUCUACUCCUGCAAGGUGUGCAACUUCUCCUCGCGCUACUCCAAUCACCUGAAACGACACAUGAAGACGCACAAUGGAGAGAAACCUUUCACGUGCCCGCACUGUGCCUAUGCGUCAGCGCAGCUCGUCAACCUGCAGCGACACGUGCGCACCCACACAGGGGAAAAACCCUUCAAGUGCGAGUACUGUGCCUUUGCCUGCAACUCCCUGGGCAACCUCAAGAGGCAUGAGCGCAUGCACACACAGGACAAGCAGAACAAGUGCAAUCUUUGCAAUUACCGAGCCAGCAACAGCCGCAUCCUCAAGCGACACAUGAUGGGACAUGAAGUGGAGGAGCCUCCCUUGGAGACUGAAGAUGCAGUUGUCUCAGACCUGACCCUCCAUGUAAAUAGCAGCACUGACUUCCUCCAGAGCUAUGCAAGUUUAAAGCCAGAGAUGGAUUCCCACAGCCUGCUAGACUCUAGGGACGUAACAGAGGAAUCACAGACUCUCCCUGAGCUCCUGUUCCCCUUCACCUGCCGCCUGUGUGGCCUUGUGUUGGAUGAUGGCUUUAUGCAUGAAGACAACUCAUCCAGUCAGAUCUGCAGCAAGUGCAGUCUUGAGGUGCUUUCCCAGGAGACCCCCAGCAGCCCAGAAAAAACUGACAAGGUCUUCUCCUGCGCAUUGUGCUCGUUCAUCACACAUUACCCUAACCAUCUAGCCCGGCAUAUGAAGACGCACAGCGGAGAGAAACCUUACAAAUGCCCGCAGUGUGACUACGCCUCUGCCCACUUCGAUAACUUAAAGCGGCACCAGCGUGUUCACACAGGUGAGAAACCCUACAAGUGUGAUCUGUGUGACUACGCCUGCGGCAACCUGGCCAACCUGAAGAGGCAUGAGCGCGUCCACUCUGGCGCUAAGCCCUUCAAGUGCAGCGUCUGCAACUACAGCUGCAACCAGAGCAUGAACCUGAAGCGCCACAUGUUGCGGCACACUGGGGAGAAACCCUUCAAGUGCCAGGAGUGCUCCUACACCACAGGCCACUGGGACAAUUACAAGCGGCACCAAAAGAAACAUGGCCACUCCACCGAGGGCUGGACUAAACUGCAGCAGGCAGAAACAGGGGACGAAUCGCAGGAAGAGAGACUGCUGCCAAUUUAUAUUGGUGAGCACAAAGACAUGGGGGGCUGUUCAGACCAAAGGUAAGAGCAAGGUAGGGAUGUAAAUAUAAUACAAUACUUGUGGACACCCCAUGGAGUUCACUGUUAUAAUCUGAAUGGAAGGCAGUUUAAAUAAGUGUCUUUCAGUUUCAUAUUAUUUAUCCUCUGAAUAUAUGAUGAGGGUCAUAUUUCUUAAAUUAUUUUUACAUUUUCUGAAAAAAAAUAUAAUUUAAAAACAAAUCAUCCUAAUUUUAUUUUUGUAGGAAUGUUGCAGGAUUAAACCUUAAAUAACGUAUACAACAGAAAACAAAAUGUAAAAUUAAACAGUGUUAGUGUUUAGCUAACAAUAGUAUUGUAAAGCUAACAUUUACUUGAAAGAGUAUCAGUGUUUACUAAUAAAUAGUACAUGUUGUAAUUGUGGAAAAAUUCAGAUCAUUUUAUGGAGUAAGAACUAACACUGUCAUAAAAUAAAAAAUAACUCUGACAUCUUGAAGUUAGUUUGGGUGCAUGCAUUCAUAGGUUCCAGGUUUGGCCAAAAAUGUUUUUAAAAUGGCAAGCUGUUGGUUUGGAUAUAUUCUAAUAGUAAUAAUUUUACUACUAAUGAAACAUUGUUUGUUAAAAUCUUCCAAUGAUAAUUAAUUAUGCAGUAUUUUUUUUUUAUUGAUUUCUGGUUAACAAAUUAUUGUACUACUGUUAUCUUCUGGGUUUUUUUUU